CGAGAGAAGUUUUCCUGGCUGUGUGUUUGUAGAUCGACAGCACAAAGCUCUCAGAUCGCAUUCACCAUGUCCGUGUGUCCUCUCCGGACUCAUAUCUCUGUGUUAUGUUUUUAAAGAGAUCUCUGGGGUGGAAAUAAACCUGUCUGGAUGAAAUUGAUGAAGAGGCGACCUACUGGAUGAAGAGGAGGAGCCGCAUACACGUACACCCAAACACACGGAGACAAACGAGCAGCCACAUUUAUUAACUUAUCAAAGAUGAGAAGCUUCAUUCAGCACAACACGCACACAUCAAGGUGCUAGAUGGUGGUUGCGAAGGCAGUACGUAAUGCUGAAGGGGCUCGUCCUGAGUCAGAAUGAGUGUCAAAGAUGGCGAUGGGACGACUAGCCAAGAUGGAAAGGCCUACGAUCUUCAGAUAUACCCCCGACUGGCUCGAGAGACGGCGUCGUGCUGUACAGUCAGAGUCACCAAGGAGGCCACCGCAGCUACCGUCAUCCAAGAUGUGGCAGCGGUCCUCGGACUGGACGCCAGCAAGCGAUAUGUCUUGGCGGAGGUGAAGGAGUGUGGCGGGGAGGAGUGGGUGCUGGAAUCGACCGAUAUUCCAGUGCACAGGGUCCUUCUCUGGCCGAGGAAAGCCCAGGAACAGCAUUCUCGGAACGAGGGGUUUUACUUUCUCCUGCAGGAGCGAAACUGUGAUGGCUCCAUCCGCUAUGUGCACCUGCCCGCCGUGGCAAAUGAGCAGGAGGCCAAGCGACUGGUUGCUCGGGGUUUCCUCCCACCAAAGCAGGAGGACUUUGAGGACCUCUGCAACCUUCCGGUCCUCAGUGAGGACAGCAUCUUGGAUAACCUUCGCAAUCGCUUUCAAAAGAAGAAGAUCUACACGUACGCUGGCAGCAUUCUCGUUGCCAUCAACCCCUUUAAGUUCUUGCCCAUUUACAACCCCAAAUACGUCAAAAUGUACGAAAACCACCAGUUGGGCAAGCUGGAACCCCAUAUUUUCGCCAUUGCCGAUGUGGCCUACUAUGCCAUGUUGCGCAAGCACGUCAACCAGUGUAUCGUUAUCUCAGGAGAGAGUGGAUCGGGCAAAACGCAAAGCACUAACUUCCUCAUUCACUGCUUGACGGCCCUCAGUCAGAAGGGUUAUGCAAGCGGCGUGGAACGAACCAUCUUGGGUGCAGGACCUGUGCUUGAGGCAUUUGGAAACGCAAAGACGGCCCACAACAACAACUCCAGCCGGUUUGGAAAGUUCAUCCAGGUCAAUUACCUCGAGAGCGGAGUGGUGCGAGGGGCUGUGGUGGAGAAAUAUCUGCUGGAGAAAUCCCGCUUGGUCUCCAGAGAGAAGAACGAGAGGAACUAUCACGUGUUCUACUAUCUGCUGGUGGGCGCGUCGGAGGACGAGCGGCGAGAUUUCAAGCUCCUGCAGCCUGAAGAAUACUUCUACCUCAAACAGCAAAACUUCGUGAUGGAAGAUGCGGAUGACCUCCGGCACGACUUCGAGCGGCUCCAGCAGGCCAUGGAGAUGGUGGGGUUCCUGCCCGCCACCAAAAGACAGAUAUUCUCGGUGCUGUCGGCCAUCUUGUACCUGGGUAACGUGACGUACAGUCAGAAGUCGUCGGGCCGAGAGGAAGGGCUGGACGUCGGGCCGCCGGAGGUGCUUUCCACACUCUCAGACCUGCUCAAGGUGAAGGAGGAGCUGUUGGUGGAGGCUCUGACCAAGAGGAAAACGGUGACCGUAAACGACAAGCUGAUCCUGCCCUACAGCCACAGCGAGGCGAUCACGGCGCGGGACUCCAUGGCCAAGUCCCUGUACAGCGCCCUGUUCGACUGGAUCGUCCUGCGGAUCAAUCACGCGCUGCUCAACAAGAAGGACAUGGAGGAGUCUGUUUCGUGUUUGUCUAUCGGUGUGCUCGAUAUCUUCGGCUUCGAAGACUUUGAGACCAACAGCUUUGAACAAUUCUGCAUCAACUACGCCAACGAGCAGCUUCAGUAUUACUUCAACCAGCACAUCUUUAAACUUGAACAGGAGGAGUAUCAGUCCGAGGGCAUCACCUGGCACAACAUCGACUACACCGAUAAUGUGGGCUGCAUUCACCUCAUCAGCAAGAAGCCCACGGGACUCCUCUAUUUACUGGACGAGGAGAGCAACUUUCCUCACGCCACUGAUAAAACCUUGCUGGCCAAGUUCAAACAGCAGCACCAGCAGAAUCAAUACUUUGUGGCGACUCCGGUGAUGGAACCGGCUUUCGUCAUCCUCCAUUUUGCUGGCAAGGUCAAAUACCAGAUUAAGGAUUUCCGUGAGAAGAACACGGAUCACAUGCGUCCGGAUAUCGUGGCUCUCUUGCGGAGCAGUGACCGCGCUUAUGUCCGGCAGCUUAUCGGGAUGGAUCCGGUGGCCAUGUUCCGAUGGGGGAUCCUCCGUGCCAGCGUCCGCGCACUGGCCGCCUUCAACGAGGCCGGACGCCGCUGGGCAGCCAAAACUGCGGGUGUGGUCAGACCAAACUCCAGAGUUCCUCUAGGAGAGCUGCAGCGAUCCAACGUGCCCAUCGAGAGGAUGUAUCGCCAUGCUCCUAUGCUUGAUUUCUCCUUUGAUCAUUCAGAGGAGCGUCCUCUAGAGGCUUUUGAGGACAUCUUUUCUAGUUAUGAGAGUAAGAAGGACAUGCAUGCCCAAAUCAUCAACUCCAUUAAGGACUUGCAGUUGGAUGGGGAAGAUCCACGUAAGCUGCUUCAGUCCUGGGGUCGCCUACGGUUCCCGCGUCACGUCCUCCAGAAAAGCAAGAACACCAAGACCAAGCAACUCAUUCCCAAGAGCCUGUUGGACUCUCGUUCGCUGAAGUUCAUAGUGGGCCUCCAUGACCGCACCACCAAGUCUUUACUUCAUCUGCACAAGAAGAAACGUCCUCCAAGCAUCAGCGCCCAGUUUCAAACAUCUCUUAGUAAGCUUCUGGAAACGUUGGGGAAGGCAGAACCAUUCUUCAUUCGAUGCCUUCGCUCCAAUGCUGAAAAGAGGGAAAUGUGUUUUGAUGAGGCGCUCAUUGUGCAGCAACUGCGGUACACAGGCAUGUUGGAAACAGUGCGCAUCAGACGGUCAGGUUAUGGAGCCAAAUACACCUUUCAGGAGUUUACUGAGCAAUUUCGUGUAUUGCUGCCAAAGAACGCUACGUCCCUGGAGGAAAUAUCAUCUCUGUUGCACAAGCUUGGCUUUGACCACACUACCUACCAGAUUGGAAGAACCAAGGUGUAUCUCAAAGAGCUUGAAAGGCAAAAGCUUCAGGACAUCCUGCACAAGGAUGUCAUGCACAAAAUGAUUUUCUUGCAGCGCUGGUUUAGUGGCAAAAUUGAGAGGAUGGACUUUAUUAGAAUGAGAGAGGCAGCCAUCGUGAUCCAGCGCUCAUGGCGUAGGUUCCGCAAAGAGAAGUUCUACCAAGCCGUGGUUCUGAUCCAGACGGCAUGGCGAGGUUCCAAACAAAGAGCUGAAUAUCGAAAAACACGAGCCUCCAUCACAAAGAUACAGGCACUUGCAAGGGGGCAAUCUGCUCGCAAACGGUACUACUUCCUAAAGGAAGAGAAAAGGAAGCGAGAGGAAGAGGAAGCUCGGAGGAGAAAAGAGGAGGAGGAAGCAGCAGCUCGACGGGCCAAGGAAGCAGAAGAGGCUGUUAGGCGAGCUAAAGAAGUUGAGGCGGCAGCCAGGCGACUCAAAGAGGAAGAAGAGGCUGCCAGGAAAGCCAGAGAGGAAGAGGAAGCAGCUAGAAGACAGAAAGAGGAAAGAGAAGCUCGGUUUGCUUUGGAGGCUGAGCGGCAGGAGAAGACGUCACUACAACAACCAACAGUUCCAACAUCAGGCAAGCAGCCUGGUGAUGAGAAGACACUAGUGCUGGAGCACAAAACGGCUCCUGUGGAUGUUGAGAUUGAAGGCAAGGCCCAUGUUGUUGAUGUUUCUGUCCCAAAAAAGCAAAAUCAUUCUGAGAAGAUCCCUCAAGUGGAGGCUGGUCCUCCCCUUGAGGUCAAGGAGCAACAGAAGCAAACUGAGAAAGAGUCAUCCGCACUUCCCAGAGAUGAAAGGACACCCAUGUCUCCCGAAACUCCGACUGGACAGAUCCAAAACAGAGCUCCUCAGCUUUCCAAACUACCAGUAUCCAGAAGUCAGGAAAAACGGGAGCUGAGGAGACAACGUGGCCUAGAGCACAGCCAGAGAGAAAGUGAGCGGGCGGCUUCGGCCUGGAAAGACGAUACUCCUUUCAAGAGCAAAACUCUAGAGAGUCCAGGAAAAGCAGAAGGCAAGUUGAAGGAGCGGUCUGACAGCAAAGAGUUGGAUCAGUACACCUUUGUGGCUUGGAAAGGGGAAAAGAGCAAAAGGGAUGCUAAAGAUGUCCCACCCGAACUUGUUCGACCCUCCACCUUACCCUUAGACAUCCCUACUUCUGGGCCUGGAAGAAAUGGCUACAGCGACCCAGCCAUCGCUGCUCAACCUCCUCUUGCCAAAGAAGAGGCCAACAGGAGAAAGGAACCAUCGAGAAGCAACACUCAGCCAGAAAACCUCAUGGCAGGACCCCGCAGUCUGGAGGAGAGGAACAUCAAAUCUCUCCAGAAUCGCGGGAUCUCUAUGUCACUAGAUGAUGUAUCCAAAAUAGGUUCAGGUGGCUCAUCACAGGGAAAAGCUCGUCCAAGACGCAGGCCGCGGCUCGCCCUUGCACGUAUAUGUAUGCCCAUUAAAAGUGUUGAAAUUGAGGAUGCAGAGUACUGGGCUGUUCCUUUGCCCCCUAUGAGUCCAUUUGAGACACAGUCCAGCACUGGUGCUGGUCCUGAUAGAACAAAGGCCAACACGUUGAAGGAAAAAGUUCACGACAGCCACAGCCUGCAAGAAGUAUCGCCUCUCCAGCCAUCGACCCCAGAGAGGACAACAGGGUUUUUCAGAAAGAUCCUGAAGAAGCGUCCACAUAAAGAAGCUCAGACCCCAGAAGAUGGAGACCUGAGCAUGGCUUCCUUUUUGGAUCAAAGAGAAGCCACUUCUCCAUCACGCUCACAAAAUUCAAAGACUCAUCCGGGACGACUAGGUCGGACGCCCAGCAUCAUGAUCAGUCACUCGACGACUCGGGCCUCUGAGCAGUGGAACGCCUCGCUAAACCGUGUGAUCACCAACACGAAUGAGCUACGCAACCUCGAUGAGUUUCUGGGCAAUCAGGUGAAUGACCUGCGCUCACGGGGAAAACAGCUUUCAGGAACGGAGCACAUCUUCAUUACAGCCACUGUGCAGUUUAGAGAAAACAUCAAGGGGAUGUACUCAAUCUCUAAGUCACAAAUCGGGUAUAAGGCUUUGAUGAAUUGCUACCAGAAUAAAGUGAUCAGUCUGGCUGGAGAAAAGCAGAAGGGUGAGGUACCGCUGGUCGUCAAUCUCUUCCAGUCAGUUCUGGACGGCUUCAUCAGAGCGGAGAUCAAAAAAGAAGAGGCCGAACCAGCCAAGCCCCCCAAAGGUCGUAAGAUGAGAAGGAAGAAGGCUAAAAGCUUGGAGAAUCCAUUGGACCAUGUGUUUACAAACUACCAAGUCAAUAUCAUUCAGUCUUGUGAUCAGUGCACCUCAUACAUCUGGGGUAUGGAGAAGGCCUACAUGUGCAGUUAUUGCAAAAUGGUUUGCCAUAAGAAGUGCAUUAGUAAAAUCGUCAUAGACUGCUCUACAUUCGGCUCCAAGAAGUGUGAUGAUGAGUCUGGAUCACAACACUUUGGUGUGCGCGUGUGCCACCUGGUCAAUAGCAAGACCCCUGUGCCAGUGGUUCUGGAGAUAAUGAUGGAACACGUGGAAAUGAACGGCCUGUACACAGAGGGCAUUUAUAGGAAGUCCGGCUCAGCUAAUCGCAUGAAGGAGCUACACCAGCUGUUGGAAGCAGGACCAGAGAAUGUUUGUCUGGAGGAUUACCCCAUCCAUGCCGUCACUGGCUUGGUCAAACAGUGGCUAAGGGAGUUGCCCGAACCUCUCUUGACCUUCACGCACUACAAUGACUUCCUUCGUGCCAUAGAACUGCCUGAGAAGCUAGAGCAAUUGCAAGCCAUUUACAAAGUUUUGGAACAGCUUCCAACAGCAAACUUCAGCACCUUAGAGAGACUCAUUUUCCACCUUGUCAGGGUUGCGAAGGAGGAGAAGAGCAAUCGGAUGACGCCAAACUCUCUGGCCAUUGUUUUUGCCCCCUGCAUUCUCCGCUGUCCGGACAGCGCCGACCCGCUCAUGAGCAUGAAGGACGUUGCCAAAACCACCACUUGUGUGGAGUUGAUACUUCAGGAGCAGAUCCGGAGAUACAACGAUAAAAUGGAGGAGAUCGAGCAGCUGGAAUACGCACAGGCAUUGGCUGUCAAUCAGCUCAAGCUAAAAAGACAAAACACGUGCUGGCAUUUACCUCUCAGAUUUAUCACUCCUUACAAAGAAGUGGCGGUUCGGGAGAAGCCAGCUUCCGACCUUCGUGUUGUACCCGAGAACGAGCCCCUGGAUUCAGACGCGGAAGCUGAGCGAAGCCUAAUGGAAAGGAUCAAGUCCAUCAAGCAAGAAAAAGAGGACCUGGCCUGCAGGCUACCUGAACUCGACCAGCCCGGUUCUGACCAGGAGAACCUUGACUCGGAGGCGUCAGUCAGCUCUGAGAGUCUACUGGACGAGCGAGCAGUUUGUUCGGACACGGAAGGACAACCAAUGAUAGUGCCAAGAUUAUCCAAAGCAGCUUGCCUUCCUAAGUCUGUCGUCCUGGCCCAGGGAGGCAGCACUCGGGCUGACGGCUCCUCUCUUCCUUCACUGUCUUCUCCCAGGCUUCAGCUCCAGCGUCGCCACCCUAUCAUCCCAGGAACGGUCAAACUUCCCCCAGGAGUCCUGUGCCACCCGGCUGUACGGUCUCUCCCUCCCCGAAAAUCCCUGUCGCUCACCCUCUUCCAGCGGCGCGAGAAUCCCGGCCGUCGCAAAGACAGCAUCCAGUCCCUCUACAUCACAGCGGGAGCAGAUCUCCUCUUCCCGUCCUCGACCGAGUCCUCAGACGCCUCCAGCACACAGGAGCUCCAGACCUCCUCCCGGCGAUUCUCCGACCCGGACCUUGCUUUCGUAAACGACACGGUUUGAGUCGCAAAGCUUGCCUGCUCUCGAAAGAACCUUUCGAUUGGUUGUCGCCAUUGGCGGUGACUGCUUUGCCACGGUCAUAGUGACUGAUAAAGAGAAUUGUCUCACCUAGCACUUUUCCAUACUAAUAAUAUAUUGGAUUUUAAGAGACUUUUUUUAAGACUCAGAUUCAUGCUUGCAUACAGACGUUGACAUGUCAAUGUUUGUUGCUUGAUUUUUUUUUUUUUUUUUUUUAGCAUCAAGAAAAAACAGUCCUGCACCUUUUUGUGUCCUUAACGAACAGGAAAAAUUAAUUCAACCAUGAGGAAUAUCGCCUUGAUGUUUGGUUCAUCUUUAAAGACUUUUAACCUGUAGAUCCUCCCUAAAGUUCUGCACAAACACUCAAUGGACAAGUUUUGACUAGAGGGAAAGAUGCAGCACUAGACACUUUCCUCUUGGACCAGAAUGCCAUAACCGAACGCAAUUUCCCAAAAUAACUCGGAACUCUUUUUUUCUUUUUUUAAUUCCGGUAAGCGAUAUGACACUUUGGAUCUGCGUGGAUGUCUAUUCAGAAUAGCUUUGUGUAGGACUAAAUACAGUUAGUGGCCAAGCCAUUAUGUUUAAUACUAAAGUCAAGCGAUACGUCUGGUGUUGAAUGUUGUCAUGAUUGAAAAGUAUGGAACGAAUGCCGCCUGGAUGUCAACUGUUUUGCAUCAUGUGGACCGAAUGUGCCUCUUAGUAUCGCUGUUUCUGAGUCCUCGUGAUGCUUUAUGCAUUUAUUGGAGAAAUGAAACUAAUUAUUUUCUUACAAUACAAUUUGUACUGGCCGCAAA